CUGAGCUUGUCCUGGUGCCUGUAAUGGCGCUCAACUUCGCGUUCCUGGUUGCUCCUACUCCCUUUCGCUUUGAUUCAGCUUGUUCAUCUUCUUUCCCGAAAUGCUCGAGGACGCUAAUCAUUACCCUUUUCUUCCUCUUUGCUAUCGUUUUUCUCAUGGCCUUCUCGCCCCCUUGCUAUGUCUCUAUAAGCCGAGGCUGGCGACAGAGAACCACAAUCGACCGCGUUUCGUCCAAUUUCGACUCUAUAUUCACUUUUCCGAGCUCUUUCAAACGGAUCCAUGGCUCUUUCUGCAAUCUCUUUCAUAACAUUUUCGAAAAUCCUGUCCUCUACACUUCUCCCCUUCCGGCGGCCUCUUCCCAGCCUCUUUGCUGCUGGCGAUCUCCGGGAGGGCGUUUCCUUGGAAAAAACCAUCUCUCUUCACUCGCAUGGAAAGCAUCAGAAUGACAGAUUAGGCGGCUUACAUCUAGCCAUUGUCCAAAAACGCUUGGAAGAGAGAACCCUCGAUUCAAGAUCUAAUCAGGAAGAAGAUGGGAGUUCAAGUGGUCAUAUUGCGAAGGCAUCCGAGUUCAGAAUGGCUCUUUGUGAGCUCUUGGAACAGAGCAAGAUUAUACCUCUUGGUGUUUGUGGUGAUAUUGGAGUGACAAUAACUGGAAUUGAGAAUGACUCGAGGAAAGUAAGGCCCGGUGAUCUCUUUGUUUGUUGUAUUGGCUAUAAAACUGAUGGUCAUUAUUUUAUUAACGAUGCUAUCGAGAGAGGUGCUGUGGCAGUACUGGCUUGUAGGAAGAUCGAUUUGGAUGGGAUUUUGGAUUGUGGAGCUCUUGUGAUAGUCGAGGACGUAAACUCUUUGCUUCCUAGCCUUGCGGCAAAUUUCUAUGGAAAUCCAUCCAAAAGAAUGUCUGUAAUUGGGGUUACAGGAACAAAUGGAAAAACUACCACAACACAUUUGGUGAGAGCUAUUUAUGAGGCAAUGGGAGUGAAGACUGGCAUGUUGGGUACUGUGGGUUAUCAUGGUUAUGGGGAGAGCCAAUUGGAUGUGCCAAACACAACUCCUGAUGCUCUGACUGUUCAAAAGCUUAUGGCAAGAAUGGAAGUGAAGGAAACUCAAGCAGUAGUAAUGGAAGCUUCAUCUCAGGGGUUAGCCCUUGGGAGAUGUGAUGCAAUUGAUUUUGACGUUGCAGUCUUUACAAAUUUAACGAGGGAUCAUUAUGAUUUUCAUGGGUCAGAAGAGGAUUACAAGAACAGCAAAGCCAAGUUGUUUGCUAGGAUGGUUGAUCCAAAUCAUCAUUGCAAAAUUGUGAAUAUUGAUGAUCCAAAUGCUAAAUUUUUUGUUUCACAAGGUAAAAAAGGUGUUCCUGUGGUGACAUAUGCAAUGGAAAAUAAGAAGGCUGAUGUGUGCCCCUUAACAUUUGAGCUUUCGUUAAGUAAAACGGACAUUUUAAUCAUAACACCAAAGGGGGUCUUGGAAAUUUCAACAAGGUUGAUUGGGCGGCACAAUAUAUACAACAUUCUUGCUGCUGUGGCUGUUGGAGUAGGGGUGGAUGCGAAGUUAGAGGACAUUAAGAAAGGAAUUGAAGGAGUUGAUGGCAUUUCUGGUAGGUUUGAGCUAAUACAUGAGAAUCAACCUUUUGGAGUGAUCGUAGACUAUGCUCAUUCUCCUGACGCUUUGUCAAGAAUCUUGGAUACUGUAAGAGAACUAGGUGCUAGGAGAAUUAUAACUGUCUUUGGAUGUGCUGGUGAAAGCGAUAGAGGAAAGAGAUCAAUGAUGGCAAAAAUUGCUACAGAUAGAAGUGAAGUGGUUGUUUUGACAUCUGACAAUCCAAAGACUGAAAAUCCAGCCAACAUCUAUGAUGACAUGCUUUCUGUCUUUGGAUGGACUGUGCAAGACUAUGUACGUCACAGUAGGAAUGAAUGUUGUUUGUGUCUUCCAAAUGGUCAUAAGCUUUUUGUGCAUGACUUGAGAAGAGUAGCUGUGCGUGCAGCAAUAGCCAUGGCAGAAGAAGGUGACGCUGUGGUUGUUGCAGGCAGAGGCCAUGAAACCUUUCAACUAGAAGGAAACAAAAAGGUACACAUUGAUGAUAGGGAAGAGUGCAGAGCAGCUUUGCGUGAUCUUGACAAACUACGUCAAGUAGGUCUUGGAAAAUGCAUUCCAAGAAUGGAAUCCAUGGUUUCAUUCUCCAGUAAUGCUGAUGGCUUGGCACUUACCAAGUGAACAAAACACUUCACUCUCUUAUGCAACAUCCUCAGUGAGUCAGUGACUGCUUAUGAUAGUGGUAAGAGAAGACUUUCUUGAAGCCUAUAUAUAUAUAAUUUUAAAAACAAAUUUGUUUUGCUAGAACUGAAGGGGAAAUUAGCCUCUAUUUCUCAUAAUGCACAUUUUGGUCAAAUAUUGCUAUGUUUUAUUUUCUUGGAGAAAUAUUUUUUUCUGAUGAAAUUAUCACUCUUCUAUUCAUGGACUAGUUAUAAAAGUCUAUCACAAACUUUGCUUCUUCCGACACAUAGUAGGUCUCAUCAUUCCCUCAUUGCCUUCUCCAUUGAGCUCCAACUAUUGAUGGUUGCGUUUGCGAGAACAAACUCGGGGUCUUCACCAUUCGAACAAGUUCAAUUUCGAUCUGUGGUUCAAACCAGGUUCAAAUUCGAACAUGUUGGAAUCAAUUUCAAAUGAUUUAAAGUCCAACGAGCGGUCACUGAAUACAAGAGGUUAUUAUUCAUUGAGAGUAACUUCAUCCAAAAUAAAUCUUCAAACAUAUUCU